ACCGCUUCCACCUCAUUAGAGAAGCGGCCAAAGUAGAAUCAUCGUUUUGGAGUCGGAGUCGCUUUUUCACGAACGCGGACUCUGCUAUGAAUAGCUCCAAGCGCCAUCUUCCCGAGUAGACUUGCAAGUUCCCUAAGCUGAAGCGGAAUAGGAAUGUUCCUCAGAAUCGGCUAGACUCGUCCACUCUGACCUCAGCUCUACUUUGAGGCUCCCGUGCCCAUCCCUCAGGCGGGCUAAGUUACCUAGCGUUGGCCUCACGACGUCGUUUCUGCACUCGCCUCCUCUCCACCACCGCUCUGCGGACCCACUCCACCGAUUUCGCCGACAUCCACAGCAGCAAGCCUAGAGUGGUCCAUGGUGUUGCUGCUAUCCCGCUCCCUAUGGGAAACACUCGGGCCGUCUUUGUGUCUCUCAGCAUUGCUAGCGCACCAGAUAUUCCGGAGGUGUGAAAUGUUCAGCCUUCUACUCCAUUCCUCUCUCGUAUUUCUCCCUCCUGCUAUGGCGACGAGCUACACCAUCUUUGCCCCGAGCGACGAGCUCGGCGUAUUCUCCACAAUGGUCUUCUCCUACGUGGUAUAUCUUGGCAUGCUAUCCACGUCGGUCAUCUUCUAUCGGUUCUCUCCCUUUCACCCUCUGCAUCGUUACCCUGGUCCGUUCUGGUGUCGGACAUCGAUGUUCUGGCAUGCAGUUCGGAUAACUGCAGGUCAGCAAAUGAGAUACCUGAGAGUCUUACACGAGCGUUACGGAGACAUUGUGAGAAUAGGACCAAACAUGAUCUCUGUACGGGACGUAUCCCUGAUAGGACCGGUAUUAGGUGCUUCAGGCAUACCCAAAAGCGCCUUUUAUAAGGGCACAGUCCUAUCUGAAGAGACUGUGCACAUAGCUGGCAUUCAGAAUAUUGAGGAGCACUCUCAUCGCCGACGCGCAUGGACCCGGGGGCUCGCCCCGACUGCACUCAGGCACUACGAGAAUAUUGCAGCGACUCGCAUACGCCAGCUAGUCGACGUACUUGAAGUCCAAAAAGGAGUGGUCGUUCUGGGUGACUGGUUUAACUACCUUGCGUUCGACUUCAUGUCUGAUAUGGCGUACGUUUCAACGUCCUCUGUGAUACUUAUUCAAUUAUAUUGGCAUGCAUGCAGUUUCAAUGGAGGAUCCGAGCUGAUGCAAGAAGGAGAUCACGACAAUAUAUGGGCUCUAUUGGAAAAGGGCAUCGUUGCAGGGCUUUUCAUGGGUCAAGUCCCGUGGCUUGGGAUCUACCUCGGCUACAUUCCUGGUGCGACGGGACCGAUUAACACGCUCCUCGACUACGGCAGAGAGCAGUCAAUGAAGCGUGUGGCGCAAGGCUCCAUUACUCGCGACCUCUUUUACUACCUUAACAACGAGGAUCUUCCGCAGAAAGAGCCGCCUCCGUUUUUCCAGCUUCUGAAUGACGGCAUCGUCGCAAUCAUCGCUGGAGCAGAUACCACCUCCAGCGCCUUGACGAGCAUCUUCUAUUGCCUAUUGAGAGAUCCCUCUACCUAUGCGGCCAUUCAGGAUGAAGUCGAUCAGGUUUACCCUCUCGGAGAGAACGUCUAUGAUAUGAAGCGCCACCACGACUUGCACUACUUGACAGCGGUCAUACAUGAGGCUCUCCGCCUCUUUCCGCCUGUUCCCACGAACAGCUCACGUCAAGUACCGCACCAUUCCAAACCGCUUGUGUUCGGUUCUGUGGUCCUUCCCCCAGGAACGCUCAUUCAUAUCUCGCCUUACGUCCUCCACCGCGACCCCCGGAACUUCGUCUUCCCAGAUACGUUCUGGCCCGAGCGCUGGCUCAUCGCAUCCGGACAACUGACCAUCGAGAGCGCACGGCUGCCUCAAGGUCUCGCGCCACCGCCCGUUCACCAUAGGACCCCGGACUUCCAGUUCGUGCACAACGAGGCGGCGUUCAUCCCGUUCUCGGUAGGGCCGAUGAAUUGUCCUGGGAAGGGCCUGGCGAUGCAGCAGAUGCGGACUGUCGUCUGCGCACUCGUACAGAAGUUCCGGUUCCGGCUGCAGGCGGGGUGGGAUCCGAGGGAGUACGAAGAGAACUUCAAGGACUACUUGACUGCGAACCGUCCGGAGUUGCCUGUCGAGCUGGAACCUCGAUUUUGACUUGCAUUAUGGGCUAUUUACUCUAACGCAUCGGCAGCCCCAAUGAUACGCAGCUGCUGUGUAUCGUUGUUGUACCGGUCCGAUCGUGAAGUGUCGCUGCGGAUGUGAUCUCAGCAAGACCUCUCAAUGACCAUACGAAGUGCUACUAGUCAGAGUCGGUCGUUAGGCACGUCGGAAUGCCUUGAUGUCAGGCACAGCGGGCAUACAUGACAGCGUAGGAUUAACUUGAAAAUGUACUUAGCUUGCUAUUCUAGUCCAACCUAUGUAAUCUAGCGCAACGAGGCUGUCCUCGUUGUCGUAAGCUCUCUUCCUGCUUCUCAACAUCGGAUUUAGCGUCUACUAACUGACUCCAGCGACGCGAGGCAGCGAAGGGACAGAUACGGUGGGCAGCAAGCCAUUCUCCAUCUGUGACUUGUUCAACGCGACGAGAACGAUGAUGAUCGUGGGAUAGAUGGCCUGUGUGCACCGCAGAGGUGACUAGGUCGCUCAAGACGGUAUUUGACCGGGACACGCACUACGAGCGGCACGAGUGCACCGUUGAUGAUGAUCCCGAAUACGUUCCAGAAAGAGUCGGAUCUCG